AGCUUUUCAGACAUGGACUUGACCUCAAACAAUACCCACACCUUAGAUUCAGAUACUAAAACCCCACCACCAACCCAACCCACCAACACCAACACCCUAAAGUCACUAUCUUUAACCAACGGCACACACAACAACAACCACCACCGCCACCAGUCCACCACCAGGCUUCCUCCGCCGUCCAUGGCGGUUAUUUCCUACAAAGAAUGUCUCAAGAACCACGCCGCCAGCAUAGGUGGCCAUGCACUUGACGGUUGCGGCGAGUUCAUGCCUUCCUCCUCCACCAACCCCACCGACCCUCGCUCCCUCAAGUGCGCCGCCUGCGGCUGCCAUCGCAACUUCCACCGCCGUGACCCUCCAGAGCCUUCCAGCACCACCACCCCCACCUUUUUAAACUGCUUCUACUCCCCGUCCACCGGCACCACCACUGCACCACCACCGCCGCCGCCGCAACCUCUCCCUCAUCGCGGCAUGAGCCAAAGUACAAGCCCAAGCCAAAGCUCAAGCCCAAGCCAGAGCCCUAGCCCGAUGUCAAGCCCGUCUUCACCGCCACCACUGUCUCACGUGCCACCACCACCACCACCAUCAGCACCAGGUUCUUACCACUCCUCCGCACCGCACAUGCUCUUAGCCUUAGGCACCGCGUAUUCUGCAGUUCCUUCAGAUCACGAGCACCAACAGCUUCACCGAAACUCCUUCAACAACAGCAACAACUUCUCCCCUGUGGUUCUGAACGCCAACAGUGGCGGCAGUAAUAGUAAUAGCAGUAAGAACAAGAGGUACAGAACCAAGUUCAGCCAAGAACAGAAGGAGAAGAUGUACAGAUUCUCUGAGAAAUUGGGUUGGAGAAUGAACAACAAAGGUGAUGAUUCUCUUGUUCAGGAGUUUUGUAAUGACAUUGGUGUCCCUAGAGGUGUCUUCAAGGUUUGGAUGCACAAUAACAAGAACACUUUCAACAAGAAGAGAUCCUCUUCUUCCGAACCUCCUCUUCCUCCUCCUGCUGCUGGAAACAACCACAUCAAUGAUCAUGAUCAGAAAAUCAAUGCUACUGCUGCUGCUGAUGGUAGUAAUAAUAAUAAUAAGAAUGGAGAUAUCAAUAAUGUUGUUUCUCAUGUUCCUAUCAAUGCCUUGUCAUCUUAAUCUUCUUAUCUCUGCCGAGAAAAACUUAAUUAGCAUUUAUUAUCAUUUUUGUUUACUACUAGUACUACUCCUUCCCCUCUUUCUUUCUCUUUUCUCUUCUUAAUGUGGCUAAGUCUAUAGGAGAAUAUAAUCCACUUAAUUAUUAUUACUAUUAUGAUUAUGUCAUAAUGUUUAUUUUGCUGUUCAUAGUAGAUGAAUUUCUUGUGCUGCAUAGUGAUGGUAGAUAGGGUAAUUUAGAAACAUUAGUACAGUAGUGUAAUAAUGAAUUUCAUCUACUACUAGGAAGGUAGUACUCAUUUGCUUGAAGCAUGCACCUCCCAAAA